AUGUCCGACAAACGUAUUGAUAUGUGGAAACUGCUGUACAGCCUGGUCAAUCGCAAUCAGGCCAAUCUGUCGGCUGUUUACAAUGUUGUCGACGAUAUACUCUGCCAAGAUCCAAGUCUAAUCAGUUGUUCCACGGUGCGCGAUGAUAAACUACAGGAUAAUUUUUUGCUUUGGCUGCUUAACAAGUUGGCAACAUGGCUAAGCGACUGCACAGAUGAGGGGUAAGCUGUAGAGCUGCAGCAAAAGCUGCUGGCGUCGUGCUGGUACAAUCACAGCAAGCUUUUUGAGCGUUUGGUCUGCGCAUAUGUGGAUGCACUGCAGAAAAUAAGCGCAGAGCUAAGCAAAGAGGAAACGCACGUGUUAAGCUUGGAAAUCUUUAGCGGCGAGGUCAAUGUGUUGCAAGCCUUUGAUGAACAAUGUGCCUAUCAGCUUAUAAACCUGCAACUGGAGCAGGCAGACGCCUUUGCUGUUUGUUUGCUGCAAGUGCUCGAACAUGCGGCAGACAUUGGACGCGCAACACAUGCAGAAUUAUUUGUUAACAGCUUGGAGCAGGCAUUGCUAACGCUGCGCGAAUGCGACAUGGACACCAAACUCUGCUGUCUCAACUACUGUCACAGCGUGCUGGCUGCGCAGUCGCAGUCUAUGGAAAGUAACGCUUCACACUUUGCUAAGCUAAGCUUGCAUGCUCUGACCAUGAUGUGGAGCAUGAGUGCGCGCUGGCUUCAAUACCAGUGCAUGACACAAGUGCAAUUGCAAGAACUGGCGGAUAUAAGCGAGCAGCUGCUGAACGUUUACCAAAGCAGCGAGCAAUGGAUAGAGAACAACUGCCAGGAACUAACUGAGCUACUUAUGGAGCUUGUGCAGUUGCCUGCAAGUGAAUGGCGGACCCAACUCGUAAGCAAACUGUGCACAAUGCUGGAGCAAUAUCCUAAUAUUACUUCUUUGCAUGUGCCAGUGCACAAAUUGAAUCAAAAGUCGAUGGAAAUAUGGCGACUGCUAGCGCAGCUAACUUACCAGCAACCAGCGUUGCGCCAGGACUUUUUAACAAACUUGCUGGCAAUACUAAGCUCAGAUAAAACAACGCUAGAGCAACAGCUAUGCGCGCUGCGUGCGCUCAAGUUGCAUGAACAGCUGCUGCUGGAGCAAAAGCAGCAACAAGUGUGGCACAGUAGCCAGAAUGUCAAGCAACUGCCGCUGCAGCUGGAGCUGCAGAUACCACAAACCACACCCCGAUGUCAAUGGGAGCAAAGUGUAGAGACGGCUAGCCUGUUGCUGCAAGUGCAUUGCCUGCGUCAGCAGAUGAAGCCAUAUACACAACAGCAACUAUUGCAGACGCUCAGCCAAAAUCAAGAGGAGCAGCAGCAAAAGUUGCUGGCGCUAAAUGCGCUCUGCUCGCUGCGCUUGGAGACACCUUCAAGCACGCAUACACAAUUGCAGAAUUACUUUCGGCAGCAGCACGUGCCACUGCUCCAAACUAAAAAUGUGCAAUUGAGAGAAUUGUUUUGCCGGCAAUUGCCACAGCUGUAUGCAGCGGGUUAUCUAAAGGCCACACAGUUAAUGGAUGCGCUUAAGCUGCAGCAAUUACCACAAGCUGCCUUGCUCAGCGUUCUGCGGCUGCUGCUCUGCGCGCAAGACGCUGCGCCUGUGUUUCUCGUCAAAGCAGAACCUCAGCUAUGCUGCAAAAAGUGUCAGCCCAUGACGACAACAACAGAGCUACCGGGACUGUAUUUGGGCAGCUGCAAGUCACCAAAGCAAACGCUAAGCGCUGUUGACUAUCCACAACUUGCGGAGAUUUUGCUUUUUGGCAGCGAUGCAGCUGAUUUGCAGUGGACUUGGCAGCAUCUGGACUGUAUACAUAUUACGCCAGUGCAAUGCAUGGAUUUGCUGGAGAACUGCAGCAGCUUCGGCACGCUCAAUGCGCGUUGUCUGGAGACGCUGCUGCCACAGCUGAGCGCACAAGCGGAGGAAUUUAUGCUGCAGCUUAGCUCGUUUGUCUUGCGACGCAUUGUGGAUCUGCUGGAGCAGCCUUUGGCGACGCAAUCGGAAAACGAGCAGCGUCAAUAUUUGCGCUUAAUUGUCACCUGCGCUCAUCCGGGCAUAUCGGAGCUUUGGCUAUUUCAUUGGUUCAAAAUGUGCUUCUUCUUCUUGGCGCACACGCACUCCUUGGUAGCCCAAGAGGCUGUGCUGGCUGCCACGCAACUCUGCGCACGUCAUGGCUUGCAGACACUAACGCUCUGGAAUUGGUACAAGCGUGAUGCACUUGCUCUGGUGGUGCAACUAGCGCUGCAUGCGUAUCUCAAUAAAGGAGUACGCUUUACACGCUCUCUACGUGCCUUAACCAAGAUGCUGGGCUUCUCCUGUGUGCAAGAGUUUACCUGCAAGUAUCAUCGCCUGCUCACCACUUUGAUACUGCCCCAUUGCAUUAAGGAGCCGCGUUGCAAGGGCGUCUUUGUGCUCAUUGCCAAGCAACUGCACAAACCAGUGGCUGCACUUUUUGAAAUGUCCUUUCUGCGUCUUUAUACGCAUGUUUAUCUUACGGAAACAACAGAACUGGCCAAUCGCUGUGUUGAGCUCGUCUCCAGCUGCACCAAGUCCACGCUGCAGCAGCUCAUGAAUGCCGAUGUUAAGCAAACUGUCGCUGAGCUUUUAAUCUAUUUUAAUCGUAAUCCCACAUUUGUUAUGCGCUCCUUUCAAAACCUGCUCCAAUUGAAUUUGGACAGCGCGGAGCUCUCUAGCCAGGCAGCCAAUGCGCAGUUCUCCUCGUUUAUAGCAGAGCGCAUACUCGGCGUCAUCACCUACUUUGAGAGCUGCCUCUCGGAGCCAUCUUUUGAGAAGCCCCUUAAGGAGGAGACCCUCUACAGUCUUGGCCAGAUUCUACGCUAUGUGGGCACGCAGCACGUGACGCAGUUUCGUUUCAAGAUCAUUGCCAUGCUGAGCUUUGUGCACACGCUCCAGGAGCCCAGUCUGCAGCGUAUUUGUCUCAAGAUUUGGCAUAUCUUUCCUACACUUUUGUUAACAUUGAGGAACUGGGGCCAUUCAUUGGGUCGCAUUGUGGCUACACUGCAGCCAUUGCUUGACGGCAAUGUGGAACAGGUGAAUGAACUCUAUGAGUUUCUCAUCCUAUCUAAUGCAUCCAUGGUUGGCAGUUAUAUUCAAGAUUUAUAUUUUCUGGAACGCAUGGAAAAGGUGUCGCCAGCCAUAAGGCAGUGCAUCAAGCGUCACACAUCGCAGCUUUGCCUAACCGCCUCACCUGGGGAAGUGGAACCAAAGCUAGUGGAGCAGCUGAGCUUCUUGCAUAAGCAGCUAUGCAACGAAUGCCUGCAGGUGCGCAUCUAUGGGCUGGAACAGCUGGGUGAGCUGUUUACACGACGUCGCCGCGAGCUGAACGAGCUGCUGCUGCAGAAGCUGCCCAUGGAGCCACUGCUGGAGCAGCUAGUUAAUGUGCUAAUCAGUGGCUGCCAACACGAUGAUCGGCAAAUGCAGCUGGCGGCGGCAAAGUGCCUGGGCGAACUGGGCGCCAUUGAUGCCAGCUAUUUGCCCUCGAACUACAACAACGAGGGCAUGGCCACAUUGCCGCUGAGCGUGCUGAGCGAUGACUUUACUGUGCUGGCGCUAAAGGCGCUCUGUCGUGGCUAUCAGUGCCAGCAGCGUACCAAGCAUGUGGACAGCUUUGCAUUGGCCAUACAGGAGACGCUCGCCGUGUGUGGCAUUGCGCCGCAUGAGCAGAAGAAGCUAUCGGUCUGGGAAUCGUUGCCGCUGCGCAUGCGCGAGCUAAUGGAACCGCUGCUCCACAGUUGCUACACCAGUUCCCAGCGCAGCAAUUGCCUGGAUCAGCAGCCGCUCUUUGGCAGUCACUAUGCGCAGCAGUCCUACGUGCAGUGGGCGUUCCUUUGGGCAUCUAGAUUGGUGGACUACGUGCAGUCCACGGAGACGCGUCAUCUGUUGAGCAGCUACAAGCCUUGCAUCAAGCGGGACUCCAACAUGCUGAGCACCUUCUAUCCGUACAUAUUGCUGCAUGCGCUGCUCGAGUGCAGCGCAGCGCAGCUGGAGCAUAUUGUAGGUGAAUUCCAGGCGGUGCUGCAGGCCAAUGAGGAGCUGUCAGUGGGUCGCAAUCAGGACACUGCAGCGUCGUCCAGCGCGUUGGAGCCGUAUAAGCUGUUCGAGUCACGCAAAUAUGGCGCCAAGAGUGCACAAUCCUCGCCAGAAACAGCUGUGCAUAGCAUGGAGGAUCAGGCGCGUCUGGCGGGUAAACUAUGCGCUGAGCUUUUGGACUUUUUGCAGCGCUGGCUGCGUGAAUGGCAGCGCCUGCAUGGCCUAAGCACAGGUGGGCGGCCACCGCAGGACGUGGAUGCCAACUAUGGUGCUAUUUAUGGAUUUCUGCAGCGUCUGGACAAGCUGCAAGUGGCACGCGCCAGCUACAACUGCGGCGAAUAUGCGCGCGCGCUGGCUUAUCUGGAGGAUUAUGUGGGUCAGGGUGAUAAGCAGCAGCGACUGCUGGAGCAGUUCAGCUUUCUGGUGGAGCUUUAUGGUCGCCUGAUGGAUGCGGAUUCGGUAGAGGGCGCAGUGCAGGCACGCAGCUAUGACAUGAGCGUCACACAGCAAAUACUAGUGAAUCGUUUGGUCGAGCGGCAACAGGAUAUGAUUACCUGCUAUGAGCAGCUGCUGUCCAGCGAAGAGCAACUGCAGCCGGAGCAUAUACGCGCUAUAAUCAAUGCCUAUCUGCGCAUGGAUACGCCCAAGACGGCGCUGCUGAUUGCCGACGGGCUGGCUCAACGCUUGGCGGAUGAAUAUACGGCGGAGUACUUUAGCGAAUGCAAGGCUGAGUUGUUGUGGCGUCUGGGCAGCUACGAUGAGCUGGAGCAGCUGCAGCAGCAGCAACAAACGCGUGCCAAGCCCAAUUGGCAUGCGCAAUGCGCUCAAGCGUGCCUAGCGCUGCGGCAAGUCGACUGCAGUCGCCUGGAGUUUGCUUCCUUGCUGGACAACAUGCGCGUGGGCGUGCUGGAGCAGCUGCGUAGCUGUUCCGCCCUGCAGCAGCAUUCCUAUGCGCAUGCCUAUGAUGAGGUGCUCAAGCUGCAUAUGCUGCAUGAACUGCAAUGCGCACAGCAGCUGCUCGAGCAACUGCAGCAGCCAGCAGCAGCCGAAGAGUCGCAGCAGCAGCAAUUGAUGCAGCAAUACUUUGCCGCCUGGCAGGCGCGUCUGCAGCUACUGCAACCACAAGUGCGUGUGCUGGAGCCCAUUUAUAGCUUUCGGCGUAAUGUGCUCGCAGAGCUUAAGCGUCGUCUUGCUGGCGACUCCACGCUGCAGUCACAAAUCCAAACAGAACUGGCACAGCUUUGGCUCAAUAGCGCACAGAUCAAUCGCAAUGCGGGCCAAUUGCAGCGUGCGCAGCUUUACCUCAUGAAAGCCGCCGAGUAUGCGCCCAGUGGACUCUUCUUGGAGCGCGCAAAGCUGCUCUGGCAAAAAGGUGAUCAAGUGCAUGCCAUGAACUAUUUGGAGGAGCAGCUAGUAACGCUGGAGCAGCAAUGCGCUGGCAAUACCAAACAGUUGGCUGGCGAGCAGCGUCAGCUCUACUUUGAGGGCAAAUAUCUGCAGGCCACAUACAAUGCUGACUCCAUGAAUCUAUGCGCCGAUGCUAUACUAAAAUAUUUCCAGCAGGCGCUGGCUGUGCAGCGUCAAUCGGAGCGUUGUCAUGUGCAGUUGGCGCAGUUUCUGGAGAAAAUGCGUGAUGCGCAGUCGUCGGAGCGUGGGCAGCAUGAGGAGCUGCUGCUGCAGAUUAUGCUCAACUAUGCCAAGUCCAUGCGCUAUGGCCAAACGCAUGUGUAUCAGUCAAUGCCGCGCUUGAUAAGCCUUUGGCUGGAUACAGCAGCCAGUGCGAAUGUCAAUCCAGAGCUGCUGCGCAAGCUAAACGAUCUACUCACCAAUUGCUGCACUGCACUGCCUACGGCAAUGUUCUAUACGGCGUAUUCGCAAAUGUUAAGUCGACUUUGUCAUCCCUCGCCCGAGGUGUUUGCUGUGCUGCGCUGCAUUAUAAUCAAACUGAUUGGUGACUAUCCGCAGCAGUCGUUGUGGAUGCUGCUGCCGCAUUUCAAAUCCGCCACAGUGCAGCGCAUCAAGCGCGCCAAGCUUAUACUCACAGAUGAGCGACUGCAGGGUGACAGCUUUCAACGCUUGCUGCAGGACUUUAAUACGCUUACCGAACGCCUAAUGGGCGUAACCAACAAGGAGGUUACCUUGGAUCGCAGCUACAAGCUCAGUGAUCUGGACAAGCGUCUGCCGCAACUUUGCCAGCAGUCCAACUUUAGCAAAAUACUGUUGCCCUUUGAGCAGUACAUGCAGCCAAGCUUUGGCUUAAGCGCUACACAGGCGCAGGAGCAGCAGCAGCUGCCCGCUAGUCAUUGGUUUCCAUAUCAGCCGCUCUAUAUAGCUGGCUUCCAGGAUAAGCUGCUUGUGCUGCGUUCGGCUGCGCGUCCCAAGAAGUUGACGCUGCGCUGCAGCGAUGGCAAAGACUAUGACAUAAUGGUUAAGCCCAAGGAUGAUUUGCGCAAGGAUGCGCGUUUAAUGGAGUUCAAUGGUCUGAUGAAGCGUUAUCUGCAUCAGGAUGCGGGCGCCAGACAGCGUCGUUUGCAUAUACGCACCUAUGCCGUGUUGCCUUUCAAUGAGGAGUGUGGACUGCUGGAGUGGCUGCCUAAUCUCAAUUCCUAUCGCAGCAUUGUCAUGUCAUUCUACAUGCAACGUGGCCAGGCCUUGGGUGGACGUCAGCUGCAGCAGCUGGCUGUGCCGCACUGUGAGCCGGCGGAGCGCAAGCGUGAAGUAUUUCUCAAGCAGCUGCUGCCCGCGCAUCCGCCUGUGUUUCAGGAUUGGCUGCGUCAGCGCUUUACCACGCCGCAUAGCUGGUAUGAAGCUAGGAAUUCCUAUAUACGCACCAUUGCCGUUAUGUCCAUGGUGGGUUAUAUACUCGGUCUGGGCGAUCGUCAUGGCGAGAAUAUUUUGUUUGACGAGCGCAACGGCGAUGCUGUCCAUGUGGAUUUCAAUUGUUUGUUCAAUCAAGGCGAGAACUUCGCCUAUCCCGAGGUGGUGCCCUUUCGUCUUACUGACAACAUGAUUACGGCCAUGGGCCCGUUGGGAGUGGAGGGCAGUUUUCGCAAAUGCUGCGAGAUUACGCUGCGCUUGCUGCGUCACGAAUCCAAGACACUGAUGUCCAUGCUGCGUCCCUUUGUCUACGAUCUUGGUAUACAGAAUCGCCUCACAGCCAAUGCCUCCAGUAAUAGGCGCCCAGGCGCCGAGCUCACCGAUCCCAAGGCCACCAAUGAUGUCCAGCGCAUUGCCGAGCGUCUGCAAGGACAUGUAAAACGCCAACAGUCCAAUAGCAUUCCUUUGUCCACCGAGGGACAAGUUAAUUUUCUGAUUAAUGAGGCCACCAAAGUGGAUAAUCUUGCUGCCAUGUAUGUCGGCUGGGGAGCUUUUCUCUAGCCACAGCUGCUGAAUUCUUAGUUAUUUAUAAUUAUUGUGAAUAUAAGAUUAUGUAUUUUUGUACUAUUAGUAUCUUAA